UAUCGAAAAUGUUGCCAGCCAAUUUAUUGAACAGCUUCUAUUGGACACGAAUGUUCAAUGUGAUAAUGCAAAAUUAUCUCUUGUCCACUACGACUUGCAUCAUUUGGCCGGAUAAUGAGGACUUCUCCAUCAGCUGGCAGUACGCCAAACCGCCAGACGCUGCAAUCAUAAACAUACGACUGCGUGAUUUGGAGCAAACAUUUUCCAAAGAUGUUGUAGACUUUGCAGCUAAGCGUGAGGAGCUGCUUAACGAUUAUGUGGUCUUAAAUCCAUUCGUGGAAAAAUUGACUUUGUCAAUAGAAUCACAUUGUCAGAACUUUAUAGCCUUUCAAAUGGAUAUUCCAAUUUUCAUUGAUGCCGUUAUAAAUGCCAGCCGUUUUUCAAUUUGGCGUUCGUCAAAUAAUAAAUUUGUGUUUGUCUACAAUAAAGACGAUUUGCCGGACGAACACUUUGAACAUCGCUUUUUCGAAGAUCAAACUGGCAUACUUCUUAUUGAAAGAUCUAUUACCGAUCCGGCAGUUUUCGAUUUGAAAACAAAUAAGUUAGUCGGCCCACGAGCUGAGAACCCGAAACAAUUGUAUUUACUCGAUCGUUUCAAUGCCGAAAGUAAUACGUUUCUUCAUGGCAAUGAUCUCUUUCCGGAUAAGCUUUCCAAUUUACAGGGACGUGAGGUGAUUUUGGCCGCUUUUGACUAUAGACCUGAUGUGGUUUUGAAAUAUUACCCUGGCGCUCCAUCUCGUGACCGAGCAUUUGCACCCGAUGAUACAAAUGGCGAUGUAGAAUUGGAUGGCACAGAAGAGAGAAUUUUAAAAACAUUCUGUGAAAAGCAUAACUGUUCAGUAGAUAUUGAUACGUCUGAAGCCGAUGACUGGGGCAUUGCUUACAGGAAUAUGACUGGAGAGGCGGCCUUGGGUAUGAUAGCUAGGGGCAAAGCAGAGGUGGGCAUGAGCGCCAUGUAUACAUGGUACGCCGAUUACGUAGCGCUGGAUAUGUCGAUGUAUAUUGGACGAUCGGGUAUAACUUGUGUGGUGCCGGCGCCUAAGCGCCUAGCAAGCUUAUGGUUGCCCAUUGAACCCUUUCAGCCGGCACUUUGGGCUUUCGUAUUCGUUUGUUUGUGCGUGGAGAUCAUAGCGUUGCUCUUUAUAGAUCACGCCCGUCCGAUAAUUAUAUCAUUGAGUGAAACGAUGCGUGCUUCAGAGGAAAAGCAAAAUAGUUGGGCUCGCAAUUUUCAGUAUGCUUUCUCGACGACGAUGUUGCUGUUCGUCUCACAAUCGAAUAAGGGCACCAUGGUGAACUUCACACCGCUGAGGCUAAUGCUCUUCGCCAGCUUCUUGAAUGACAUCGUCAUAACGAGCAUUUAUGGCGGUGGAUUGGCAAGCAUACUCACCGUGCCGAGUUUUGGCCAAGCAGCCGAUUCCGUAGAGCGACUCUACGCUUUCCAACUCAAAUGGGGUGCGGACUCUGAGGCCUGGGUGUCGGCUAUACGUGACGAUGAGAGUGAAAUAAUAAAGGGUCUGCUGCGCAAUUUCGAUAUUUACAGCGCCGAAGAGCUUAUGGUGUUGGCUCAGAAGGAAGAGAUGGGUUUUACCAUCGAACGGUUGCCCUUCGGUCACUUCGCCGUGCAGGAGCACUUGACGCUCAACGUUUUGAGCAAAAUGAAAAUCAUGGUUGAGGACAUUUAUUUUCAGUACACGGUCGCAUUUACCGCGCGCAUGUGGCCACUGCUGGACAGUUUCAAUGAAAUGGUAUUCAUGUGGCAUUCGUCGGGCUUGGAUAAAUUUUGGGAGUGGCGCAUUGUAGCCGACAAUUUGGAUGGUGCCGUACAGAAGGAGCUGAUGGCUUUGCAGUAUUCGAAUUUAGAUGAUAUUGGUCCGGUUAAGUUGGGCAUGGCGAAUUUUGUUGGCAUGUUGUUGCUGUGGUUAUUGGGUAUAACUUGCGCAUUUUUGGCUUUUUUGACCGAACUGUUGUUGGAUCAUAUGAAGCGUGCCAAGAAAGUGGCUGAGCAUGCCGUUAAUGAAAUAACGAAAGGAAGUCUUUAAAGUGUGGUGUGGAAUUGGAACUAAGUUAUAUAAGUUUGUCUAUUAGUAGUAAAAUAUGGGUAGAAGAAAUAAAUAAAAAUUAAAAAAUUCUUGAAAGAACCAGAAACUUACUAGAAUUUC